ACACGAACGGCUGCACUUGUUUCCUUGAUCAGCGCUAUGUGGAGCCUGAUGUUGGGAUGUAUAUUCAUUCUUCGUUUUCAGACGAUGCGUUCUAUGAGGAACGCUAGCCAAUGGGCGGAAGCAGCUGAAGGCACAACAGCUUCCAUCAUUUGGAACGUCUGGGUCUUUCUCUCCAUGCCAGCGGUGUUUCUUUGCUGGUCUCUCGUUAGCUUCAUCAUCUCCAUUCUCGCAUUCGUGUGGACCUCAGGCACUGUCAACCCUCCAUCGUCCAUAUCAUCCACUGCUGCGAUCGGUCCUCGCAUCUUUGUCACUUUCACAUUCGUCCUCGGUUUAGUCUACUUCGCGACGGCCAUUCGGACGUUCAAAAGCUACACUGACUCAACAGAAGCAAGCGAAGCUUCCCGAGCAGUGAUCGAAGGGAGGGAUCGAAGAGCAUGGAGCCCCAGGAUUAGGGUCCUAAGGAAUAGACCAGAAGAUGACUUGGAGAAAGGAUUGGGAUCGUUGGAGGUCGGGCAAGCAAAAAAGAACAUUCAUGGUGCGAAUGGAGUGAAUGCCGGUACACAUGAAUCUGGAACUGGCUGGGAUGAGAUUCUAUCUCCAACGGGGACGAUGAACGCGAGAGGUAGAGCGCCGAGAGAUGUGGUGUCUCCAAAGAUGUUGCUUGCUGGUCCCUUUCCGCGUGGUACAUCGGUGUAAUAAUUACAACGAAGAAUGUGGGCAGGGUUAAUAAAGUAAUUCUCGAC